UUACUAUUAUUAAUAUUUUUAAAUUAAUUUUAAUCUUAAAAUCGUAUGUAUUCAUUUAUUUAUUUUUUCUUAUUAUUACUAUUAUAUAUUAAUGUAUUUAUUUUUCCUCUCUUCUCUCUCUUCAAUGGGAAUUGUUUAAAGUGCAAUAGAAAUAAAUUUAAUUUGAAUGUGAAGGGUUUCUAAAUGUAUUUAUUUAUUUGUUUGUUUAUUUAUUUAUUUUACUUUUUAUCUUAGACAAGCUUGUGAUCUGAAUUUGCUGCUUUCUGAAGUCUGGUAUGUUAAAAAGUUUAAAACAGCUUGUGACAGAAGGUAUUAUUGUUAAAUCUCAGUGUCAGCAGAUUCACUGUUUGUUUCUCAGUCCUGAGUCUUUAAUAAACACCUCUGUGAAAAAAAACACUCACUGCACAGCGAUAGGUGAAUAAACUGUUUCACUAAACACUAUAAAUGAACUCCAGCAAGCUUCUCAUCACACACAGCGAUACGAUCACAUUCCUGUAGAACAUAUAAUCAUGAUAUUGUGCUGAUAGAAAUAUAUAAAGUGAGAGAUUUUAUAAAGGUUUAAGGAUCACACUUUACUAUCCUGAUUAACACACAGUGUAGGAGAUGUAGAUGUACAGAUACGCUCAAAACACUUCAGAAACACUUACAGUCCAAAUUUACUCAGUUUAUAAUCGAUCCCUUUCUCCUCCCAAUGCAUCACAAUGUCUGGGUUAUCUUUUAUUAUUAAUUCCUACAGUCAAAUGCAGAACUUGUACUUUUUUCAGCUUCUCUAUAUAAGUAAUUCAUUUACAUGCAUGUGUAAAUAUUCUACCCUCUUCCUGAUCAUCCACAGUGAAAGAAUCACAUCUACAAGUAAAAGCUAGCUUAUAAAUGUUACCUGUUCUCAGCAUAAAUACAUUUGUUCCUCGAAGAACCCAGCGAUUGUUAGAGAACCUAUACAGUAUGAACACACAGCUUAAUGAAGACAAAGGAAUAAUCAAAACAAGACAAAGUUGUAUCAGUCAAGUAAUUGGGCUGUUGAAUGAUGUUGAUUGAGUUUGUUACAACAGAAGCGAUAAUCUUUGAGAACAAGUGCAUUAAUAUAAACCUGAGCUCUUGUUACAGAACAUUAAUCAGCAUCUUUAAGCAGUAAGCAGAAUUCUACAGCCGCAUGGAAUAUUACACUUUAACACGUAACUCUUAAGUGCAAGAUUGUUAUUUUCUCCAGAUAUUUAUGGAGUGCUUGGUGUUAGGUGUAUGUUUACGGAAAGUUCUGGAAAUACAGACACACUAAUGGCAGGUUAUUAGUGACAUCAUGACCUUAAUAAUCAGGUCGCAGUAAAAACCUAUUAAAGCAGAGCUUAGUGAAGCUGCACAUUUGGAUCUGUAGUCAGCAUGAGACAAACUGAGCUCCUCGUCCUCCUUUUCCACUGCUUUACUCUGCUGUUCCAGGUACAGGAUUUAUUUAUACAUUAGUUACUAUCUUAUUGUUUGUACGCUUUGUUAUUCACUGGAGUGAGCGAUGGUUUGUACGUUACAGCAUUCCAUCGGAUCUGAGUUCAGAAAUGUGAGAUACAGAAGUAGUUACGCAGGUAAACACAGUUUUACCACAUUAUUAACCAUCAGGUCUGUAAUGAUAAUUUUACUGCAAUUUACAAUAAGCAUCAAACCCAGGUUGAAGGUUUCUGUGUUUCAGCAUCACAUUUUUUAAAAUACUGACAUUUAGUUUAUUUUUAUUUGUAUAGUGCAAGUAAAAAUAGACUAGAUGUAGGUUUGGAUUUAAUGCUGAACAGAUUUAUGAAGUGAAGUUAAAUAUAAAAAGUCACUGUAUUUUGUCAUGUUCUGGUUUAUUAGAAUCUAUUAUGAGUUACUUACAAGAGAACGAAAGAACUGCGGUGGACACAAUUAUGGACAUCAAUGACUAUGAAGCAGUGGAUGUGAAAGAUGGAGUGAAACUCAGAGAGGGAGAUAUUGCCGUCUCCAGCAGAACUGAGAAAAGUUGUUUCGCCCAAAGCUGUUUAUGGUCCAAAUCUGUAGAUGGGCAUGUUUACAUCGCAUACACACUCUCACCUGAGUACACUGAAGUGGAUCGCCGAACUAUAAAACAAGGGAUGAAUCUGAUUGAGAGAAACACGUGUGUGCGCUUUGUACCCAGAACACACCAGAGAGACUUCCUGGACAUUCAGCCUAAAACUGGGUGUUGGUCAUAUUUGGGCUCCAGCGGCGGCAGACAGACUCUUUCCUUACAAAGUCCAGAGUGUGUGAGCUCUGGAGUUGUUUCUCAUCAGCUCAUGCAUGUGCUUGGAUUUGUACAUGAACAGUCACGUGCUGAUCGUGAUAAAUACAUCACCAUCAAGUGGUCAAAAAUUCAGAAAGAUCAUGUAAGGAACUUUGAGAAGUUUAAGAUGAACAACAUAGACAUGCCUUAUGACUAUGGCUCCAUCAUGCACUUUGGAAAAUACGCCUACUCUGAAAACGGUGAUCCUACCAUUGUUCCAAAACGAAGCUGGAACAUUAAACUGGGACAGCGAUUUGGUCCAAGUAAAAUUGAUGUUAUGAAAAUCAAUAAACUCUAUGAAUGUGCUUAGUAUUGUAAUUAAAUCUAUAUGAUAAACAAUGUAAACAUUUACAGCAUUUGGCAGACGCUCUUAUAAAUAAAGCGCAUCAAAAACACAUCUUUUAAAUUCUUUAUUAUAUAUU